AUGUUUUAGAAGAACGAGCCUUUCCCAUGUCCGUAUUAAUUAUUUCUAGUUUAUCGAGCACAACGCAACACGGUACCGGAACGGUACGUUAUUGCUCGGCCUGCCCGAGGCCCUCCCGGUGGUCACGCGCCGUGUUCCGAUGCUUGUGUCUAUUUAGUGAGUUGCCCUGCAGCUGCACGCUGGAUCUGGAUGGAGUGCAUUGCCAGUGGCAGUGGCAGUGGUUCCCGCGUAAAAUAAUAGAUUGAGAAGUUCUUGUACUUAUCUGAGUUUAUCUAGAUCGAUUACCAAUAUGUCGAGGGCUACCAAGUCAGCCAAAGCAGCCAAAGAUACAGCAAAGAAAGUCAACCUUGGAAAUGUGAUCAGGACGUAUAUCAGAGCAGGACAAGCUGCCCCAGGUCCUCCACUUGGUCCUGUGUUAGGACAGAGAGGAGUUGCUAUUGGCCAGUUCUGCAAAGACUUCAAUGAGAAGACAAAACACAUCAAAGAUGGGAUUCCCCUCCCAUCAAAAAUCCACAUCAAUCCUGAUAGAACGUAUUCCAUUUCUUUCAAUACACCACCGGUUUCAUACUUUCUGAAGCAAGCAGCGGGUAUGAGGAAAGGAGCAUAUCAACCCGGUCAUCAAGAGUUUGGAGUGGUCUCGCUGAAGCACAUCUACGAGAUUGCCCAGAUUAAGAGUGGAGACAAGACCAUGGAAGGUCUUCCUAUGGACCACAUAUGCAAGAUGACCAUAGGCACGGCACAUUCCAUCGGCAUCAAGGUGGUCCCUCGCCUGGACGAAGAUGAGAUGUCAAGUUACAUGGAUGACGUUGCGCAACGACGUCUUGCUGUAGAGGAAGAGAUGGAAGAAGCCAAGGCUUCUGCCAAGUGAGGAUUUUAAGAGCGAAGGAAUCAGAUACAGAUUAUUUAAGAGGAAUAUUAUAUGAUGUGGAGCAAUAUGUGGAAUCGCUAGCCUGCCAUUCUUUGAGGUGAUAUCACCUAUAUUGUGACUAGAAACUGGUGCAGAUUAUUAAAGAGGAAACCUUUGUGGUGUGGAGCAAUAUGGAAUCAUGAGCCAUCGAUACUGAGAGGUGAAAUCACCUAUAUUAUAUUAUGCAUAGAUAUGGAACCUGUGAUGAAACUCCUUCAACUUCCACUUUGGUAGUAGUCUGGCAAUGAAGACAAAACUGGUGGGAAUAAGGUGAUUAGGGCAUUUUAUUGGCCAUUUUAUCGGCCACGUACGAGCAAGAAUUGUAACCAUUUUAUAAACCUGCUGAAUCGGGGUUUUAUUGGUGUAGAAGAGGAAGCCAGCAUGGUUUCGGAAGCUUUCGGGACCUUCUGCAAUAAUUUUAUCUGGGGGUGUUGCAAAAAGGAUUGCUUGGUGUCCUACCUGCAGUAGUUGCAAUCGGUCACAUGACUCUUGAGGAAUCGGCCAUUUUGACCUGUGCAGGCCUUACUUACAAUAGAGAAUGGGGAUAUAUCAUGAAUAUUUUAUAAAACAAAAUUUACACCAUAUUUCCAGUACUUCAGUGUUCAUGCCUGUUUAUUUUAUAAUGCUGAACCUGACAAAAAAAUUAGUAAAAAUAAAUCGCCUAAUCGUCCAUUACCAACUCGUCUAUGACCAUUUCGGCUCAUAACCAGUUGGUCUAAUGCCCACUUUCUUUUCAUUUAUUUCGCCCAAUUAACAUUUCAUGCAUUAGAAGAUUAGACCAAAUAGUAUAUGGACUAAAUGGCUAUUGGACCAACUGGUUAUUAGACAAAAUGGUGAGUGGACAAAAUGGCAAUUAGACCAUGUGGAUAGUAGACGAACUGAGGGUAGACCAAAUGAUAGUAGAUGAGUUGGCAAUUGACGAAUUGGCAUGUUAUUAGACAAAUUAGAAAUAAACUGAUUCUUUGACCUCUAAUAUUUAUCUGUGUAUUAAGUGGGAGACAUUGUUGAGUUUAUAUAACAGACCAUAAUGUAUCAAGUUAUUUACUUUGCUACAAAUUGAAAUAAGGAAAGUCAUGAUUAUGUAUACACAUUCUUAGGAAUUCUGUGGAACAAUCUAUACUGGGCAUGUUUUGGUUGAGUUUUCAAGAUAUACCAAGGCCUGUAUCACAAAUGAUCAAUUCACAAUUAAAGAUUAAUUGUAAUUUUAUGGAAAACAACCAUGUACAAAAAAUAAUAAGUUUAAAUAUCGAUUAGACAUGUAUUUUCUGAUGUCACAUCCCUGGUUCCUUUUUUUUUCUUCUCCCAUUUUCAUUUUUUAGUCACUUUUAGUGCAUUGUCAUUCAUCUGAACGUGACUCUAAACUUCAAUGCUGCCCUCAUGAGGUUGCAAAUAGCCAAUGUGCAAUUGCAUAAAAAUGUGAUCUUGUUUCAUGUUCAUAAUUAUGGGUAGUGAAAUUUGGAGUGAAUAUAGCCAACUCUUUUCAUGUACUGUUUUUAAAUGAAAAUGCAAAAAAGUAUUGUGAGAAAAAAAGGAAAAGACUCUCUCUCCUGUCUCUGAUAUACAAUUUAAGUGUGUAAUAUAAUGGCCUUCCCUGUCUAAAUAAAAAUACCGGUAUUACAAUAUGAUUUAAUUAUCUAUGACAUUGUGGAAAUCAUAAUUGCACAGGAGUGUAUAGUUUUCUGUUUCCACACUUACUGAUGAAACUUUUCAAAUUUUAUUGGCAUUUCAAUCCCUGUUGAGGUACUGACAGGUUCAGAAUCUUUGGCCCGAAUUCAAUUUGAAGAGUGGACUCGGCAUGCUUAACCAUGGCAACAGGCGUCCAUUUUGCGCACUGACAAAAGCGCACUUAAGCAUUGGACAUUUUUUUAUAUACGUGGUAAAUGAAGCUUAAUUUAUACAGGAAAUCUGCAUAAACGGUGGGUUUUAACCGAUGGUUUUCAGAACUAUCUUUGUGAGUUCGGGACUUUAGGUCUUUUAAGACCUAAAAAUAAUAUGUGCACAUUCCCUUAAUAGGGAAUGUGCAUAAUACGCAUAUCUUUACCUUAAUAUGCCAUGGUAAUGUGUAUUUAUAUAGGUGUCAAAGCUCGUUUUGCCCCCAACCCGUGCAUUGGAAUGCAUAAUUUGCUCUAUUGCAUGGCAGAAAAUAGUAAUAUCUAAUUCAUGCUGUGAUUUACAUGUUCCUCCGCUGUGAUAAUCCCCCAGCUACAUAUGCAUGUAUUGACUUUUGCCUCACAUCGAAAGGAUGGCUCUGAAUACCAUAGCUACAAAGAAAUAGGAAAUAAACGGCAUCAGAAGCUGGAGGGGCAUCAAUUGGAAUAUUUCCAUUUCUGUGCUGGAAUAAUGAAAUUGAGGUUCGUGUUUUGCAGAUGUGUUAGCCUUGCACAACUUACUUGCUAUAGUAUUUGCAUAAUUGUGCAGUUAGGCAGAUUGGAAACUAUUAUUCCGCCCGAGUGGGCCUCCCCAGCAAGAAGAGAGAUCCUUUAGCAUUGGUUUUUUUUUUCUUUCUUUGUUGCAUACAGAUGUCUGUAGAAUUCUAAUCCCACCAUUGUGGAAUAUUUUUAGACUUCAAGGCAGGGAAAGAACAGUUACCAAGCUUCAAAUUGAGUUUCUGUAUUCAUAAUAAUAAUAAAAUAUUUUAUGUAACCAAAAUCAA